UGCCCCUCAGUAUGCGUGUUGUUCUAUCGGCGGUUGACAUUCAGCGACCUGGUGUCUCGCGUAACUCACACGCGUACGCCCGGAUCAAUUUCGAAUCUCGUGAAUUAAAAUCUGCGAGCAAACAGCCAUCAUCAACUGGCACUUUCGCUCAGUCAUAAAAGAUCUGUGAACUGUAGUCGCGUAGCAUUUGACACGACCGUUGGGCCGCACUUUCACAACGUGCAAGAUGCAGAAAUCAACGGAAGAGCUGACGAGGUGCAGUACGGUGACGUUGGCGGAAGAAGUCGCGGGGAACAACGUUGACAAAGCAACGACUCGCACCAUACCCGAGAAAAUCAUGGGCGUUUGCAAGAAGUUCGCGCGCUGGAUAGUCUUGCUGGAUCUACUCCUGCUGACAUCGAUGGUCAUAGUCCUCGCAGUUUUGGAGUUCGGCGCGAUUCCAUACAAACAGUUUGGUUUCUUCUGCAAUGACCCGAAGAUCUCGCACAAAUUUACCGGCGACACCAUUUCCAUGGUUACUUUGUUAUCCUCCCUUUUAUUAGCACCUUUGAUAACGAUAUGGAUCGUCGAAUGCGUCUGUUAUUCCGCAGACAAUUACAAGAACGAGGGUUACAACGGCUACAGAUCGAAGUACAUUUGGACCUGGUAUCGCCACUAUAUCGUGGUCUUUAUCGUCCUCGCUUUCGUCUGCGAGUGCAUAAAAAUACUGAUAGGCGAGCCAAGACCGCACUUUCUCGACACGUGCAAGCCACGCGAGGCAAUCAACUGCACCGAUGAAUACUUCAGCAGUUAUACCUGCACAAAUACCGACAACUCGGCAUGGUUCGUCAUGGACUCUAGCAGAUCUUUCCCCUCCGGUCACGCAGCCUUGUCCGUUUUCACGUGCAUCUUUGUUGUGUGGUACCUCCAAUAUCGUCUGCUCACCCGGAUGUUCUACCUGAAGCCCUGGCUGCAGAGCAUGGCGUGCCUAUGGGCCGUGGUGUGUUCGGCAACGAGAGUCGCCGACAAGCGGCACCACUGGUGGGACGUCGCCGUCGGUGCCGUAAUGGGCAUCCUGUUCGGCAUGUUCCUCGUGACGACACUCUGCCGUUAUUUCCGCGUUAAGUGCGCCAACGACGCCGUCCUGAAGCAACCGCCGAGCGAUUCGGUGGCGGAGAACGGGCAGAUCAGCUUCGCCGAGAAGUGAUGUUACCGAAGUGGGAGGAUCAGGGGGGAACGAUUGUCCAGGGAAAAAGACUAGAGGAAACGAUACCGAGGUGCCGGCAAGAACCGGAGGAGAAACCUGGCAGGCAUCUCGGGUGAGUCGCUCGACGUUCGAAUCGGUGGAUUCUCGCUGUUUUUUUCCUUCCGUCCGCGGACGACGCGUACAGAAGAGGCUCGAUAACGCGGGGGCGUUAACGGAACGCCUUAGUUCGUACCGAUCGCAUAGUUCUUGUGUAUUCUGCCGAAAAAUAAGGGUCUCGAAGCACUACUAAUCCGUUACUCUCCGGGACGACCGUUUCGAGUGAUCGCGUCAGCUCCGGAAUUUCUCCCGGAGCGCAUCAUCGAUCCUGAACCAACCGAUGCACAAAAUGUAUAGCAAUUCAGCAGUAAUUUGUUAAGUGCUAGGACAGUUUUACAUUCCAUUCUGAGACGAGAAACGGCGUGAAGCGAUCGCAACGAAAAUACGUUGACGUGCAACGUUGAUUGGCGCGCGACUGUUUGACUGACUCGCGUAGGUCCGACGAUGAGCGAACUGUGGAGUUUAAUAAUCGAGUCAAUUAAUCGGAGAGAAUGACGUCUCAAUGAGAAAGAUGACUUGGUAAAUCGCCCGACCGAUAUUUAAUUGCCAAUGUGAUUUUCCUAACAAACGAGCUCCUCCGCUCCGUUCUUAUCAUACGUUUAUAGCUUAGCUGCUGCGGAGAUUUUGUAUUAAUUUAAGCGUCCCCGUUUUAACCUUCCGAUGCACCUCGCGGAUCGGAAUAGAGUCGUAAGAGGUAAGACGUAUUCACCGAGUUUCAAAAUGGCUCGAAUAUUUUUUCCCAGCGCGGCCAACGGUUCCAACGAGGGAACUUAACUUUUGGGAAUUGUAGGUUCACAGUGUACAGUGUUGUUCAAUCUCGUGUGUGUCAUUGUGCGCAGACUUUAAAUACGUGGCAGCGUAGUUAGGUUACUGUUAUUUUCUAACCGUGUACACAUUUGUUUAUGAAUAUUAAUGUAAGUUGGUCUCAA